CACACACAGCCCCUUAAAUUGCAUCUCAACCAUUCUCUUUGCCCCUUUGGCCUCUCCUUUCUCAAUUAGGGAUUUUCCCCCAAAUCCUCUCAUCAUACUCACUCUUCUUCUUCUCCUUCUCCUUCUCCUUCUCAUGAAUUUCUCCUUCACAUCACUCUUUUACACUCUCCCUCCCUUUAAUCUUCCCUAACAACGCUUUCUUCCAGUUCCACCUUCGUUCUUUUUUUGUCAUUCCCUAUCGCGGUUGCCUCUUUUAUUUUCUGGUCGUUUUUAGAUCAGAAUCGCUACUGGGAUUAUUGGAUUUUUUGGGUUUUUUGUGGUGUUGUUGGAUCUGUGAACAAAGCGAUCUUCUGGGGUUUUUUUUUCUUUUUUCUUUUUGUUCUUGGAUCGCUAUGGUAGGAGGCGGGCCUCAAGUUCUUGAACAACCACCGCAGUCUUUACCUCAAUCCACAUCUGCUGCUGAAGAGGAGGCUGUUAAGAGAAAUACAGACUGUGUUUACUUUCUUGCUUCCCCUUUGACUUGUAAAAAGGGAAGUGAAUGUGAGUAUCGCCACAGUGAAUAUGCCCGGGUCAAUCCUAGGGAUUGCUGGUUCUGGUUGAAUGGUAACUGCUUGAAUCCAAAAUGUUCAUUCCGACAUCCACCUUUGGAUGGCUUGGUAGGAACUCCUCAUUCAACAACUCCGAGUUCUCAGAUUCCUUCUCAAACUUCAUCAAUUCCUUCUGCUCCUGUCAACUCGAGUAAACAAGCAGUCCCCUGCAUUUUUUUCCAGAAGGGUCUAUGUCUGAAAGGAGAUCGAUGUGCAUUCUUGCAUGGUCCUCCUCCAGUUCAAACGAACAAAGUGCCUCAGAUGGGAUCAAAUGCCCAAGCUGGCGAGCCACCAAGUGUCAAGAAAGUUUCUGGUGGUACCCAAAGGAACAGUCAAGAGCAGAAGAUCCCUCAAGCUAAUUUUUCGAAGUCAAUUGGUGGUUCAUCUAUUAAACUUGCAAUGAAAGAUGAAACCGUGCCGUCAAAGAUUGGAAAACUCAAUGAGAAGAGCAUACCACCUGCAGAAAUGGCUGAUGGUGGUUCAAGGUACAAGAGUACAAAUGCUCUUCCAACUAUAAAUGAGUGUUUACUAAGUAGAGCCAAUCGACUGCAACAAAGUCAUGUAAUAGAUGAUCAUGGGUUACAGAAUGGUAAGGAUGCUGAUGAGUUUUUGAAGGAGUCGUCUCCAGGUUUUGAUGUUCUUGUCGAUGAUGAGCUGAGAGGCUCUGGUUAUUAUGGCAGUGAAGAACAGUAUGGGAGAUCAAGAGGUCAUGAGGGAGGAAAUAUGACUUCUAUGAAUGAUUAUGACAUCGGUCAUUCUGCUGAUUAUAAAAUGAUGGGUGAUGUUGAUCAUGAUGUUUAUAAUGACGUAACAGACUUUGACUAUGAAAGUAGACAAGGGGGACAGUAUGGUUGGGACCAUCGUAGGACCUCGUCUGAUAAGCUGUCUUUAAGCUCUGCCCAGAUGGAAAGGAGGCUCUUCCCAAAAUCUAACAGUCCAGAACAUGUUCAGAAUGUGGAUUUACGUCACCGUUUAAACAAGCAGAGAAGGGGAAAUGGUUUGAGAUCUGUGAUCAAUAAUGAAAAUGCUGCUAGUCGCCCAGAAGAACGGAAUUAUCGCUCUUCUAGGAGAGAUUCUCACUCCUCUCAAGAAAGCACUGUGAGUAACCGUCUCCGAGGUAGGAUAAAGCUUCCAAGGAUACCGUCACCAGUUAGGAGUAGUAAUAUACGGCCAGAAAGAGAUUUGAACCGGGGAAGACCCUGGGGAAGAUCGUCACCAGGGAGGUCACAGUCCUUGUCUAAUCAGGGAAGCAAUAGAGAUGAAAUAAAAGGCAGACUGGAAGAAGAUUAUAACAAUGAGCGUAGAACUUUUAAUGGUUUUAAUUCUAGAAGAGAGAGAAUGGAUGGAACCUCUGACUUCGCUGCUCCAAAAAGUCUGGCUGAGCUGAAAGGCGAUAAGCACAUGGUUAUGAAGGAGCAGCAAACCCUUGGCAAAAGAAAAGGCUUCGAUAUAGAACAAUCCGGAGGCGAACUGUCAUUUGAAGGACCGAAGCCUCUGAGUGAGAUUCUAAAAAGGAAGAGACAAGUUAAAGCUGUUGUUGAUCUUCCUAUAAAUAAUGCUGAAAGAGAAAACAGUGAAAGAUCAAUGGAACGCUCCACUACUCACCCCUUGAAGCAAAGUGUCCUAUCAUCGACGGGCAAGGACGAAACAAAUAGCCUCGGCGGAAUCAAAUCUGCUCCAGCUGAAACUUUUGUGCAAGAAGAAGAUGUCGACGUACCUCAUCGCCAUUCUUCUCAGCCUAUGCAUUCGACCGAUGACCACGGGAUUGAAGCUUAUGAUGAAGGAUUGGUGGAAGAGGACCAAGAGUAUGAAGGAGAUGAUCAAAGAGAUGACGGCGAAUAUGAAUACGAGCAAGUGGAUGACGGGGAAUACACUUAUGAAGAGGGCGAUAACAUAGAUCCUGAAGAAGAGUACAUGGAUGACGAAGAUGGUGAUGAUUUUGCCAAGAAGAUCGGUGUCAUGUCAUGAUCAUGAUCACGAUAGCAGCACAGAUCAGAUAUGCUCUUGCUAUGAACAUUUUGUUUCUGAGGACUUGCAUGUGGUCAGUUCAAAGAUUGAGCAUUGUAUGUGGCUGCAAUGGAUAAAACCUUCUAGACCAUCAGCAAUUCAGCUUAUUGGAAAUUCCUCUUGUAUUACUUAGAACCCUCCUUUAUUUUUAAUUUUUAAUUAUUAUUAUUAUUAUUAUUUUUUUCAUGUUUUUGAAUUAUAUUUUAAUCCUGAUUUGAGUGGGGAGAUGAUGUUGGGUUUGGCUGAGGCAUUUUAGUUGUGCUCUCCAAGUUGAAACAAAGUAAAAAGUAUGGUUGUAACAGUAGAAAGUUAAAAUAAGAAAAUUGAUGAUAUUCUUAUGCAUCUUUCAACA